GAAUAUUUAGAGAAAAUCGAUUGACGAUUGUAAUGUUCAGCAUUUCCCGGGAAAAUCAUUAAGAAAAAUUGGGAUUUAGGGUUUAGGGAUUUCACAUAAUUUGGAUUCUGGAAAAUGUCUCAGACUGGAAAAUUGAUGCCGAAUAUCGACCAACAAAGCACGAAGAUGCUCAAUCUCACUGUUCUCCAAAGAAUUGAUGCUUUCAUUGAAGAGAUUUUGAUCACUGCUGCUCACGUCACCUUCUACGAAUUCAACCUCGAUAGUAAUCAAUGGAGUCGAAAAGAUGUUGAAGGAUCUCUCUUUGUUGUUAAGAGGAAUACACAACCUCGGUUCCAGUUCAUUGUAAUGAAUCGUCGUAACACAGAUAAUUUAGUGGAGAAUCUAUUGGGAGAUUUCGAGUACGAGGUUCAAGGUCCGUAUUUGUUGUAUCGAAAUGCUGCGCAAGAAGUUAAUGGUAUUUGGUUCUAUAAUCCGCGUGAAUGUGAGGAUGUUGCAAACCUCUUUAGUAGAAUACUUAAUGCAUAUACAAAAGUUCCUGCAAAGCCAAAGACAUCUGCAAGCAAAAGUGAAUUUGAGGAACUAGAAGCUGUUCCUAGCAUGUCUGUAAUAGAAGGUCCCUUGGAGCCACCAGCAACUGCCUCUCGUGCUACUGAUGCUCCUCAAGAUUCAUCAUUUGUUAACUUCUUUAGUGCUGCUAUGAAUCUUGGAAGUAAUGCUCCAAAUGGUACAAAACCAACACAGCCUUACCAUUCUAUCUCGACCACCCCUCUGUCUUCUCAUGCUCCAACUGCCAUACCCACUCCUACUCCUGCUCCAUCAGUGUCAUCCCUUCCACUUUCUGCUGCACCUUUGGUUGAUUCAGCAAGUAGCAGCAACCGAGUGACUAAUCUCGUAAAGCCUUCAUCCUUUUUUGCACCCCCUUCCUCUUCUUCAUCCUCAUUGAUGAUGCCACCUCCCUCUUCAUCAAAUCCAACCGCCUCUGCUCUUCAUCCACCCCUCAAUCCGCAACAUCCCUACGGCACUCCAAUGCUUCAACCCUUUCCUCCAUCUACUCCACCUGCAUCUCUCACUCCAGGUGCCCCAUCUUCUUUGCACAAUGGAUCUCUUAUUAGCAGGGAUAAAGUCCGUGAUGCUCUACUAAUGCUUGUUCAGGAUGAUCAAUUCAUUGAUAUGUUCCACCAGGCAUUGCAAAAGGUGCAUCAUACCUGAAUGUGCUAAAUUCGAUCCUCAAAACUUCAUGGCAAUGUUCAAUGUGCACUGCACACUUUUAUUUUCUUCAGUUUGGUAUCUAAAUCUAAACUUUGAAACUCGAUUUGAUCUACACGCCAAUUGUUUACGGAGGACAAGGUGUUAAUGCAUACUACAUUCAAGCUUAUAUAGCCGGAGUUAGUGCAUAAAAAAAAAAGAAUGUGAAUCAAGUUCAUCGACAUACAUGAAAAGCUCUACACAUGCAUCAACAGAACAUUAAAUUUUAGGGUUGAGAGAAGAAAGAGUAAAAACCAACAACGAUUCCUCAACCAAUGUCUUUGCCUUCGCCUCCUAUCACCAUUCUCUCUACACCUUUAAGUCGCACUUUCAGGAGGGAGAGAUCUGUCAUUGUUUGGCAUUCAGAGCGUGUUUUUGUCCACUUUCUGAGACGUGCAUUAUAUUACUACAGUAGUCUUGAUCGGGAAAUUCAGGUAAGUUUAUGGUAAUGUUUUGUUGACUCUAAUUUGUUAUGGUUUUCGUUGAUCGAAUCAAUUAUAGAUCAUCGGAUUUGGGAUUCAACAAAGUACAAGUAGGACGUGUGCAAAGGACAUUGACAGAGAGUUUGAGGGUCUGAAUUUGUUGUUAAGUCUUAAACUAGUAAUGGAUUUUCCUUUUGCCUGAGUUCUUUGAUAACUUAAUUAUUGUAAAAUGGAUGUGAACUUAUAUGAGAAGUUGCUGCUGUUAGCUCUUUCCAUAA